GGCAACGACGCAGGAGGGAAAACCCCGGGAACGGACAAUCCAUCUACCAACAAAAAAUCAACCCCUUUUCCUUCAUUUUGCCCAGAAAUACUUUAUAUUGAUCCUUUAUAGAUUUCUCACGAGUCCGGAUAAGAAGCCGGCUGUGAACGGCCCAAUAGUUCUCUGGUUCCUCCCGCAAUGCGGUCCUCUCUGUCGUCCUCUCUUCGCUCGGCGACAUGUUCAUGGGUGACUGGUUUCACCCCUCCUCCCCCGGGGUUAAUAUGUCACUUCACCAAAGCACAAACAAUUGUUACUUCAAGCACUCGUCUAUUCCCGAGAAGGUCGACUUCAUUACUCGGAUUACAAUUACAAAAGCCAUCGCUACAGACUCGGGGAUCCUUUCCCGGCUUCCCCUCGUUCAAUUGUGCCCCUCCAAAUGCUGUUUGGUCCCAGAAGAGAUGCUUUUCCCUAUCGCCAAUACUCCGUGAGGUCCGGAGCAGUAGUGCUACAGAGAAGUCGCCUGCUGGGCCUCAAAAAUCCGCCUCAGUUGAGCCAGAAUUGGAAGCCUUUGGUCGCUCGGAAAAGGCUACAAAGGCUGCUCAGGUUAAUCUCUCUGCGCGCUUGCUUAAGGAUGGGAAUCCAAGUGCUGUGAAACCGGGCCUUGGGGAAAUAGUUCGGUUAUUGAGAAUUGCGCGCCCGGAAGCUAAAUGGCUAGCGGGUAUGUGGAGCUUAGGGGGAUGUGUCGGUGUGUUUUUUGAAUGCUAAAGUUUGGGUUACAGUUGCAUUUGUCUUUCUAUUGAUGAGCUCGGCAAUCUCAAUGUCUAUCCCGUACGCCCCCGGAUCCACCUUUUUUUGAGGCAAAUACUAAGUUUGCCUUAGGUUCUCUAUUGGUAAAAUUCUGGACAUAGCAACGCAGACCGACGUAGGCACUCUGUUUGGACUGCGACUGCCGCAGUUCUACAUGGUCCUUGGAGGGGUAAACGAAUCAUUCCUACUCCCCUAGAAGUAGGAAACUAAUCAUUUUAUCCAGGUUCUAUGUCUCGGUGCGGCAUGCAAUUAUGGUCGCAUAAUUCUCCUCCGAAUUGUUGGCGAACGUAUUGUGGCCCGCCUCAGAUCGCAGCUCUUCCACCGGACCUACGUUCAGAAUGCCGAAUUCUUCGACGCUAAUCGUGUUGGGGACUUGAUCUCCCGUCUCUCCUCAGAUACAGUCAUUGUGGGCAAGAGCAUCACUCAAAACGUGUCCGAUGGCCUCCGUGCGCUCGUUACCGGAACCGCUGGUCUUGGAUUGAUGGCUUAUGUCAGUUUGAAGUUGACUGCUGUGCUGAGUAUCAUGUUCCCACCGGUUGCUAUUGGAGCUUUCUUCUAUGGGCGUGCUGUAAGGAAUCUGAGUAGGAAGGUUCAGAGGAACCUUGGCACGUUGUCGAAAAUUGCCGAGGAACGGCUUGGUAAUGUACGAACUAGCCAGGCAUUCACUGGCGAGAUGUUGGAGGUUUCGAGAUAUAAUCGUCAGGUCAAGAAGAUAUUCGCACUUGGUAAAAAGGAGUCUUUAAUAAGUGCUACAUUUUUCAGUAGCGUGAGUUUGCUUUCCUGAUUGAGUAAUGCAUUAAGGGCCAACAACUGACGUCGGUGGCCCAACUAGACGGGCCUAAUUGGAAAUAUGACUAUUUUGGCCAUUCUCUAUAUUGGAGGGCAACAGGUCAAAUCUGGAGCUAUAAGCAUCGGAGAACUAUCUUCAUUCUUGAUGUUUGUCGAACUUUCUAGUGAGUACCAAGGUUGUGCUAACUGGAGUAGGUACACUGCGUACGCUGGGUCCAGUCUCUUCGGUCUCUCGAGUUUUUACUCAGAGUUGAUGAAGGGGGUCGGAGCAGCGAGUCGUCUUUUUGAACUCCAAGACCGGAAACCCUCCAUAUCGCCAACAGGUAAUCUCCUUUGAUAUCUUUCCUAGAAUUCUACUGACGUUCCUAUUAGUCGGAAUUCCUGUAACCUCAGCCCGCGGCACCAUUAAAUUUGAAAAUGUCUGCUUUAGCUACCCCACCCGUCCCGCCGUAACAAUCUUCAACGACUUAACCUUCUCCAUCCCACCGGGCACAAACGUCGCUAUAGUUGGUCCUAGCGGCGGGGGCAAGUCCACAAUCGGUGCCCUACUCCUCCGCUUCUACGACCCCACCUCCGGCAAUAUAACCAUCAACAACGUCCCCGUCUCCGCCAUGAACCUAAAAUCCCUCCGCCGUCGCAUAGGCCUAGUUUCCCAGGAGCCAGUCCUCUUCUCCGGCACUAUCGCGGAAAACAUCUCGUACGGAAAGCCCACAGCAAAGAGAUCCGAAAUCAUAACUGCCGCUAGGAAAGCCAACUGCACCUUCAUUUCUGAUUUCCCCGAUGGGCUGGAAACCUAUGUGGGAGCCCGGGGCGCCAUGCUCUCGGGGGGGCAAAAGCAGAGAAUCGCGAUUGCGAGGGCGCUCGUCAAGAACCCGGACAUUUUGGUGCUGGACGAAGCUACUAGUGCGCUGGAUGCUGAGAGCGAGACGGCAGUGAACGGAGCGCUGAACGGGCUUAUGAAGAGUGACUGCACGACAAUUUCUAUCGCGCAUAGGCUUAGCACUAUUAAGCGGAGCGACAGGAUCAUCGUGCUAGGCGUUGACGGCAGGGUAGCAGAAACGGGCAGUUUCAAGGAGUUGAGUGCCAGGGACGGUCCGUUUUCCCGGUUAAUGGAGUGGCAAUUGCACGGCGGUGAGGCACCGGCGCCACUGCCGAGACAUUGGGGCACGUUGGGAGAGAGGGAGGUCGACGGGGAAGUUGCCGAUGGCGUCGAAGGGGGAAUCGAGGAGAUCGAAGAGGAAGAGGACGACGAUGAUGACGAUGGUGUCGGACGGAGAAAGACGGUAAAAGCGGCUGUCAAAGCGCCGGGUGAUAAUCGGUGAAUCUGACGCUGCGGUACUUCCUUUAUUUUCUAUUGUCUCGUUUUGGGUAUCCUACUUUGGAGCAGUUAAUGGCUCCCUCUUCACCACGACUGAUGGAGCGGGGGAUCUUGGUUUCGUGUUGUGCUGCACUUUCUGACCCUGCGGGAGUCUUUUUUGUUAAACAGAAGUAACAAUUAGUGUUUGCAUGGAUGUACGCUUCCUUUGUGUAUCAAUCAAGACUUUUUUUCUCUUUUGUAUUAUAUAUCGCUUACUUUUUUUAUACCUUUUUUAUAACCUUUUCAUUCUUUUGUUUGCUCGCUCCCUCCACUCUGUUUAAUCGAUGAUCUGUAUUAUUAUUAUUAAAUGCUAUAGAAAAGGUUUAUUUUUAUUAUUUAUUUAUUGGGCGUCGGGUAAGCGGGACGGUUUGAAGGAAAAGAGAGGGGGGGGGAGAAAAACUUCCCCCUGCGGCCCAGCCUACCGUACAUACCCAAUCCUCGAAAUCAAGGCCCAAAAACACACCCCACCAGUGCAUAGCUGUUGUCCACCACCUCCAAAGUAUCCACGAGUAACAGCACAUUAUCCCCACCCCCUCUAACUCGCCUAGGGGAGAAACAAGAAACAAAAAAACUAAAGAAAGUAUCAUACGCCCGCGCAGUAACAGUAUUAUAAUGAACCCACUAGCAGAAUAUCCAUAGCCCCCCACCUCGAUGACAAUCGAAGGUGAGCAAAGUGAGGGAUUGAGAAAACGAGGGAAUCGGAACAUUCUAUAAUGUCCCGAA